ACAAAUCGUUACAACCUAUCAGAAUUUUCAUUUCCAUACGAAUCAACGCAAACCAACACUCCUCCCGCCAAUAGCAUAAGCAUAAAUCGUUUUGACUCUCUUUCUGUAUUAUCCAUUUCACAACAACGGCUCAAACAAAUUGAACAAUGAUACUCGUCUCGCCACCGUCUCCUCCGCCUGCACUUACCGCCAAUCGCAGGUUUCACCGCUCUCUCCGCCGCCGUCUCCGCCGGAAUCCGGCGAGCUAUCUCCCCCUCCCCUCCCCUAGUCUUCCGCCACUGGCCUCCGCCUCCAGCGACAUCGAUGCGUUCACCGAGUACUCGGGUUAUCUCUUCGAGCUCAGUACAUCGGAGGCAGAUUCUCUGACGGAGUACAAUAUCUCUAAGAUUGCUGCAAUCUAUCGGAACAAACCGUUGGUUGUUCUUCGCCGUCUUCUCCAGAUCGUCAACACACUCGGCAAGUGGUUUGUGCUUCGGUACAUAGAUAGCGUUAAUGAUCGAGCAGACCAGAUGUUUGAGGUCAGAGCUGCACAGCUGCGGAAGAUAUUGCUACAACUUGGACCGGCAUAUAUCAAAAUCGCCCAGGCUGUUUCGUCUCGAGCUGAUUUGAUACCACCUUCGUAUCUGGACGAGCUUUCACUAUUGCAAGAUCGAAUAGCACCAUUUUCCACUGAAGUUGCUUUCAAUACAAUAGAGAAAGAACUUGGAUCACCAAUGGAUGAGCUUUUCUCAGAGAUUUCGGCAGAGCCUGUGGCAGCAGCAUCACUUGGGCAGGUAUAUCAAGCUAAGCUUCGUCCUAGUGGAAGGAUUGUUGCCAUCAAAGUGCAGAGGCCUGGGGUUCAAGCUGCCAUAUCCUUGGACAUAUUAAUCUUGCGUUAUCUUGCAGGGCUAAUUAGAACGGCUGGCAAAUUUAACACUGAUCUUCAGGCGGUUGUUGAUGAAUGGGCAUCAAGUCUUUUUCGGGAGAUGGACUACAAUAAUGAAGCAAAGAAUGGACUCAAGUUCAGACAGCUAUAUGGUGGUCUACAAGAUGUUGUGGUUCCAGAAAUGUAUGUGGAGCAAACAACUCGUAAGGUCCUUACUAUGGAGUGGGUGGAGGGGCAGAAGUUGUCCGACGUGAAGGAUCUUCACUUGGUUGAGAUUGGAGUUUACUGCUCAUUUAAUCAACUUCUAGAAUAUGGGUUCUAUCAUGCAGAUCCACACCCUGGAAACCUUUUUCGCACAUAUGAUGGGAAACUAGCUUAUUUAGAUUUUGGUAUGAUGGGUGAAUUUAAACAAGAGCUUCGUGAUGGUUUUAUUGAAGCUUGUCUCCAUCUUGUAAAUCGUGAUUUUGAUGCAUUGGCCAAGGACUUUGUCACUCUCGGGCUUCUUCCACCAACGGCAGACAAGGAUUCUGUUACAAAGGCAUUAACAGGUGUUUUCCAAAGUGCUGUUGCCAAAGGGGUCAGGAAUAUAAGUUUUGGAGAUCUUCUAGGAAAUUUGGGAACUACCAUGUACAAGUUCAAAUUUCAAAUACCUUCGUACUUUUCUCUUGUCAUUCGGAGUCUUGCUGUUUUGGAGGGGAUUGCAAUCGGCAUUAACCCAAAUUACAAAGUUUUGGGUAGUACAUACCCAUGGAUUGCUAGGAAAGUACUAACAGACAGUUCACCCAAGCUGAAGUCUUCCUUGCAAGAUCUUCUAUAUAAGGAUGGCGUGUUCCGGAUUGAUCGGUUAGAGUCUCUACUAGAAGAGUCCCUUCGUGCCAGAACAGAGAGGGCUUUGGUUAAGAAGCAAGUGGAAGACAACAAUACCAGGGUGGUUGUCAGGCAAAUCCUUUCUUUCACUCUAACUGAGAAGGGUUCUUUUGUGAGGGAAAUACUUCUUGAAGAAUUGGCUAAGGGUUUGGAUGCGCUUGGGGUAGCUACCCUUGAUUCUAUAGCUUCUGCCACAACUCCACACCUACCUUUUGUUGGUUCCGUUUCUUCCUCUUCAUUGACUGACGAAGAUGUCAUCAACUUGAAAACCCUGCAUCGCCUUGUGCUACUGUUAUCAGGGUUUCAAAGGAAUGAAAGCUCCAGCGAGGGAGAUGAAGAGGUCACCCCAUUCAAGAAUCAGAUAACUUAUUCAGAGGAAGCAUCAGCAGUCUUUUAUCAAUUUGCAACUGUUCAGAGAUUUCUGCCCUUCUUUUCUAUUAUUCCCGAGCUUCCACCAGAUUUGCAGCAACAGUUUCUUCGUAUGCCGGCCGACCUAGCUGGAAAGUUGUUUUCCCGUGCUGCUGCAAGGACAAUAAGGAAGGUUUUCUUAUGAGAUCCAAAUCCAUACAGCCCUCCUUUUAUUAUUAUUUAUUAUUUUCAUUUAAAGAGUUGCCCAAAAAAGCUCCAAAACAGCACCACAUCUAUAAUUUUGGUUCGAUAGCCUUUUUUGAUGUCUUAAUAGGAAUUUUUGAGCUCACCUGGAUAGAAUGAAGUCCCAGUUUGCCAAAUGAGACACUUAAUGGAGGUAUAUGAUUGCAGACUAUAUGUAAAUACUUUAUCGAACAUUCUUAAAGCAAGAAAUUAUGUUGAAAUGCCUCAGUUCUGUUGCUUGUAAUGAUGUAUUUCCAGAUUAUGAGAACUCAAUGUUAUAGCCAGGUGCCCAAAAAAUGGGUCCGAUUGACAGCACA